GUUCCAGAACGCUUGUCUUAGUUGUGCGGAGCAAAGCAUCUUAGAGUUUUUUUCAAAGUGGAAUCGCGCGAUCCCAAGGUUUUUAGCCUGUUUGCAGGACAAGCUAAGUCAUGGAGCUGGUACAGUUUUUCGGGUUGAUUAUCCUAUUGUUCUCCGGUGUGGUUCAUUCGUGGGGUCGUAAUAGUUACAGAGGAGGAACCAUCUCUUACAGGCCAAGUACAUACUAUUCAAACCGGGUCGAAUUCAGAUACCGAUUGGCGUUUGACUCGUGGUAUGUUUCCUGUUCCGCUGGAAAUAUUGGACAUCGUGUUACAUGGACCUACUCGCAAUCUUCACCUUGGUCUGUGACAAAAUUUUCCUAUUAUGGUUCUUCUUCUGGUACAUAUUACAGCAUUAGUUCCAGCAAUGGGAUUUUAUGCAACAGUUUCAACAGUGAAGAAGGCUGGAUCGAGGGAAACAGCUCGUUUACUUUUCGACCCGGAUACGACAUAAAGUUGAUAGCUAAAACCUAUAACUAUGGAUACUGGAUACGUAAUGUCUCUAGAGUUGAUGGUUACGGAAGCAUGCUACUGAGUGCGACGGUCAACGCAUCUGCCAACGGUGUCUUUAACAACUCUUCGCCAGUCUCCACGCUACCACUGACGGUCUACGUAGAUCUAGGUAGCCCAUCAGUCAUUAAAAUACCUGUUGAAGAUCCUGAUGGUGACAUAGUGCGUUGUCGUUAUGCCAGCUACCAGGAAUGUUACAGAGGAUUGUGUACUUACUUUCCUUAUGGAGUACUAGACGAGGGGAAUUGUAUUCUCAGCUAUAAUGGCACUGGUUAUGUAAAUCAACUCUUGCCAAUCAUCUUGAAGCUUGAAGAUUAUCCUUCAGGGACGACGCAGUUUGAUUCGUCUAACGUUUUGGGCUCCGUGGAUCUGCAGUUUGUAGUACACAUCACAAAUGAUACUGUUCGCAUUCAAGGUGGAGGGUUCUCAGGUCGAUUACAAGUUCUUCAUAAUGGAGUAUGGGGUACAGUGUGUGAUGAUGACUGGUCCAUGAACAACACCCACGUGGUUUGUCGUCAGCUUGGCUUUGCUGGUGCCCUUUCUUAUCGUGGCAGUGGAGGAGGAACAGGACAGAUAUGGCUUGAUGAUGUACGAUGUUCUGGCAACGAGAGUGCUAUUCAACAGUGUAGACAUCGUGGAUGGGGAAGGCACAACUGUGGUCAUCAUGAAGACGUCUUUGUAUCCUGCUAUCGUGAUGUUCGCAUUCAAGGAGGGGGGUUCUCUGGUCGAUUACAAGUUCUUCAUAAUGGAGUAUGGGGUACAGUGUGUGGUGAUAUCUGGUCCAUGACCAACACCCACGUGGUUUGUCGUCAGCUUGGCUUUGCUGGUGCCCUUUCUUAUCAUGGCAGAGGAGGAGGAACAGGACAGAUAUGGCUUGAUGAUGUACAAUGUUCUGGCAGCGAGAGUGCUAUUCAACAGUGUAGACAUAGUGGAUGGGGAAUUCACAACUGUCAUCAUAUUGAAGACGUCUUUGUGACAUGCUAUCGUGAUGAAUGCAGCAACUACACUGUGCUCAACGCACCAGACCGUGCACAAGGAUACCGGGGAAUAAAGAACAAAUGCGACAGGUAUAUCACUCCAGCAUGGUACCGCUUCAUGGGUGAUGCAGGCACUGCCAUAGCAACAUCUUGUGUCCCUGUACGUCACUGUGGUACUGCUGCUCCAGGAUGGAUGACUGGUUCUCAUCCUACCCAAUCAAUUCCCAAAAGUCACGUGAUUAAUCGUUGGCAAUUUUCUGUUUCAGAAAGCAACAAUACCUGUGUCAGCAGUCCUUGUCGUAAUGGAGCCACUUGUAUCGAUACAGAUUAUGGCUACAACUGUACCUGUCCUUAUGGAUACACUGGUAGACGCUGUGAAACCGUUGCAGUUGCCAAGGCGACCAACUGCUGGCACACAGCUGUUAGCAUUCAUUACACAGUUGGACCAUCUACCAUCACAGUUACACAAAGCGAUGCUAACAGUAUCAUGACCGAGGUACUGAAUCAUGGUACCAGUCAACUCUUGUGCUCAGGUCUAASACUCAAGUUACUCAAGGUUACCAUAGCAUCCCCAGCCAAUCGUUACGUCAUUACAGGAAGCUUUGGGGUCAUGUAUGGUGAAAUGAAUUCGACUCAGAAACAGACUGCUUCGUCCUGUCUUGGGAAUGCUGCGAUAUUUAUGGCUAUAAUCCUCAGGCCUGACUAUUAUACUAGUCCCUUGAAAGGAACAUAUUGGGCAGAUCGUGCCUCGUUAACAAAUUACAAGGACAGUACUUGCUGUAGAGAUGGGUUGGUCUCGUUUAAUGAAACAUGUGGCAUCAGCCCGUGUAACAGUAACCCUUGUCGUAACAGAGGUACUUGUCAGGGUGGUGUUGGCUGGUACAGAUGUUCGUGUCCUUAUGCAUACACUGGACAACAAUGUCAGACUUACAUGUACCCGUGUAACAGUGGUCCUUGCCGUAACGGGAGUACUUGCCAUAAUUAUUAUUGGCAUAAUAGAGGAUAUUACUGUUCGUGUCCUAGAGGAUACACUGGACAACAAUGUCAGACUAAUUUGCAUCAGUGUAACAAUAACCCUUGUCGUAACGGAGGUACUUGCCGGGGUGGUCGUGACUGGUAUUACUGCUCUUGUCCAAGUGGAUACAGUGGCAGACAAUGUGAAUCAAACCUUAAAACAAAUGUAACUUGCGGCGAGAAUUACAUGCAAAUUGACUUGGAGGACUCGUACUUCUCUGACAUUGAUUGGCGUAAUCUGCACCUGAACGACCCAUCAUGUAGAGCGACAAAGACACCUGGCACAAGGAGACUUCGUGCACCUCUGGACCGAUGUGGUACGACGUACACAGAAAACCAGAAAACAAUCACAUUCUGGAACGAG